AUGUUACAUAAGAUGCUCAAUUGUAAGAAAGCUACCGAGUGCUGGAAACCAUUUUUUGCUCAAGAUAUGGCCAAUACAAAGAAACCUAACUCUAGAAGAUACAAAUGCUCUUUUGAAGGCUGUGAUAAAGACUUCAACAGACCAAGUCUGCUUGAACAACAUCAAAACUCUCAUAUGAAUCAAAAGCCGUAUCUUUGCGAUGAGCCGGGAUGUGGCAAGAAAUUCAUAAGACCAUGUCAUUUAAGAGUUCAUAAAUGGACGCAUUCACAGAUCAAGCCUAAGCCAUGCACAUUGUGCGAAAAAAGAUUUGUUACGAACCAACAAUUAAGCAGACAUUUAAGCAGCCAUGAAAGAAAAGACAAACUAAAGUCUAAAAUCAACACUAAAAAUGAAGAGCUGGGCCUCAAUAUCAAAUCAGACCACGAAGGCAAUGAUUUGAAUCUGGAUACGACAUUGUCUACCCAUCUACACCCACUUGAUGAAAAUUUGUCACAAGACUAUUUGCUCCAAUUUAAUGAUAUGCAGGCGGUGCAGUGUCCGUACGUAUCGUGUCAGGUACUCACUAACUUCGAUGACGAUUUGAUCAAUCAUAUAUUACAAAACCACAUAGCAAGUAAGCUUUCUUUGCCACCUGAAGAGCAACUUUUAAACAGACAGACUCCAGUAUCGCCUUGUUCAAGUAGCACGGACGUGUCAUCUAUUCCACAGCUUUCACAUACCGCAUCUGCGGCCGCCAGUAGCAACAGCAGCUACAGUACCUUGGGUCAAAGCCCGGACGACCCAGAGAGCUACUGGUCCGACCACCGGUGCAAGCAUACCGAUUGCCAAGAACUUGGUCGAUUUGCGUCUGUGUUUGACCUGAUCGACCACUACGACCACGCGCACGCAUUCAUCCCUGAAACGCUAGUCAAGUAUAGCUACAUUCAUCUAUACAAACCUAGCGUCAGGAGCUUAUUCGAAUACUAA